AAUGUGCAGAAAUAUCAAUCUCUGACUGUCUCUGGAUAUCAGUGGCUGUACCAGCACGCCCUCUCGCGACAAUCAGCGAGAACUAACUGAAAAUGAAACGUCAGUUCCUCCGUUAGCAUCAGUUACCAUAGAAACCACAACACAAGCCAUCCCCAAGCUACAUUUAACAGGUCAAACACCAAUAGUAGAUUAAGUUGUUAUCGUAUUAGUACACACAUAGUCGUCAGUAUUAGUACCAGAAUGACUUAUCGCACAAAUGUGAGAAUCGGAAACUGGAAUGAGGACCUGCACUUACAAGAGGAUGCGAAGAAAGAAUAUCUGGAGAAAAAAGAGAGGGGUGAGCUUGCUGCCCAGAGAGUAGACUUCCUCAAACAGAACAUUUUGAGACCGGUGAAUCUCACUGUGACAAAUGAUGGAAGAUUGCACUUUGGGGAUGUUGUGAUGUUGGUAAACACGGGAGGAGAAAACAGGAAGUGCAGUGCAGUAAGCAUUAAUGCAGACAUUAACAGUUUGACGAAGAUUCCUUCGCCUGGCAUUCAAGCCCCAUGCGGAAUCAGUGCAGGAAGGGGUAUCCAGGCCUGCACACGCACUGCCUUCGUCAUUACCAGUGUAGAUGGCAGUCCUGAAGGAUCGACUCUGAAUUUUGAGCAAAGUUUUGCCCUGAAAACAACAAGUGGCUUUGCUAGGGGGCUUUUCUUGACGAGUGACCUGCAAAGUUUUCAAAAGUGUGCGAAGAAGUCCCGCCUACAGGAAGUAAACUUGGAUGAGGGUGGUUCCUUUCUGUCUUGGUGGAAAAUAGUGCACUUUGACCCCCAGGAGAGGCUUGAAUAUGAGGGUCAGCCUGUUCCUGCUAAUGUGAAGGUGCUGAUCAUACACUGCAAGACAAACCAGGCUCUUGCUGUUCUGGAUGAUCAAGUCCUUUGGACCACAUAUGGCAACGAGUAUGAGGUGACGGCUCACACCUUCUUGGACUGCCACAAAGCUGAACAGAAAAGCAACCACUGGAUACUGUGCACCUCUGACCCUGCAGGGAACGGGCUUUUACUUCUCAACUACCCACAGUCAACAGCUAACAACGACGAGGUCACACAGGCAAACCCUAAUAUCUAAAAGUAACCCAAUUCACUCUCAUGCUGUAACAUGUGCAGAUAGGGCAGACAGAUGCCACAUAAUUAAUAACACCUAAACUUUUAAUAAAUAAAUAAAGGUUGUUUUUUUCUGUUUGGGUCACUGAUUUUUUCUUCUUGUGGAAAGACAUUCCAGGCUGGACUCCAACCAGGACUCUAGCCAAGCCAACAGGACGCUCUGUAGAAAGAAGCAUUUGAUAUGUUUCUUCAAACAAAGAGGGAGUAUAGGGAGUUUCCAUUGUUCUAGUUAGGCAAUAGCAUAAGAAACCGAGUGUGAUAUUGGACAGUAGGAUGAUUUGGCCAGUUUCCAGUGCAUUUGGACUUUCCCCUGAAAUUAAGUUUAUAUGAGAUUUUGAUGAGAUAAGGGGAAGAAGAAUGGACUCUGUCAUAAAAGGAGCAAUGAAUUCAAGAAAAAAGGACAUAAACAGUCCUUGUUCUUUUAUGUUGUGGCCGCAACAGCGUAGCUGGUAUUGUUUUCACCUUGUGAGCCUGUAUGUGUGUGUGUGUGUGUGUGUGUGUCAUCAUGGCAAAAUGUGAUCCUUGAGACACCUACUGUAGCGGGAACUACCACAGAAGCGGUUUUGAAUACUUUGUCUACACAUACUAGCAUAGUAUUUUGCGCAAACAUCUGUUGAGAACAACCAUUAGAUCCUUAAUAAAAAAGUAUUAUUUAAGGAGAAGGCGCAUUAAACCGCCGUGGAUGGUGUGAUCCCAUGGCAAGAUGGUCUCUAGUUUAUAUUUAGAUGUUUUUUAUGAUGUAUUAUGUUAUUCUGUUAUUCUGAUGAUUGUUUGAAGACUGUGAUGCGAGACAAAUAUCCGUGUGAAUGGAAUAAAGUGUUAUCUUACCAGCUGA